UGAUAUAGAAGAAGCUGAGAGGCUGCAGCUGCUUUCCUUCCUCCUAUGUGAGCUCAGUAUACAGGGUAGGAAGAUCCCCAUUAGGCAGCAGCAGCAGCAGCAGCAGCAGCCGGGCGGCCUGGGACUGGGUGACAUCACACAGACAGAUGGAUCUGUUCCCUGAUCUCUAGCAUGCUGCUGCUGCUGGGGAGUACACUGCCAGCCUGGGAUGCUGCACGGCAAUAGCAUCUAGGGUUAUCAGCCAGCAGCCAGAGGAUGAUGUACUCCUUCGUGGUGAGGGAUGAGAACAGCACAGUCUAUGCUGAAGUCUCUAAAAUCCUCCUGGCCACGGGACAAUGGAAGAAGCUGAAGAGGGACAAUCCCCGGUUCAACCUCAUGCUGGGGGAAAGGAACAGGCUGCCUUUUGGGAGGUUGGGUCAUGAACCAGGACUUGCGCAGCUGGUAAAUUACUACCGCGGUGCAGACAAGCUUUGUCGGAAGGCUUCCCUAGUGAAAUUAAUCAAAACAAGUCCUGAGCUGUCUGAGUCUUGCACAUGGUUCCCAGAAUCCUUUGUGAUUUAUCCAACCAAUCAAAAGUCUCCUGCACCUCGUGCAAGGAAUGGCUUCCAAGACAUAACUAACAACACCCGCACAGAUGAACGAGAAGAGUUCCUGGAAUCAUUUAAUGAAAGGAAGGAGAGCGGAAAAGGAAAUGUGUGGAUAGCCAAGUCCUCGUCAGGUGCCAAAGGGGAAGGGAUUCUUAUAUCUUCUGAUGCCACUGAGCUCCUGGACUUCAUAGACAAUCAAGGCCAAGUUCAUGUCAUUCAGAAAUACUUAGAAAACCCCUUGUUACUGGAACCUGGACACCGCAAGUUUGAUAUCAGGAGCUGGGUCCUUGUGGACAAUCAGUACAACAUCUACCUGUAUCGAGAGGGUGUGCUAAGAACGUCAUCUGAUCCUUACAAUGACUCUGAUUUCCAGGACAUGACCAGCCACUUAACCAAUCAUUGUAUUCAGAAGGAACAUUCUAAAAACUAUGGUCGAUACGAGGACGGGAACGAGAUGUUCUUUGAAGAAUUCAAUCAAUACCUUAUGACCUCUCUUAACAUUAAUCUAGAAAACAGCAUCCUUUGGCAGAUAAAGCAAAUAAUAAGGACCAGCCUGACUUGUAUAGAACCGGCAAUCAGCACUAAGUAUCUGCCCUACCAGAGUUUCCAGCUGUUUGGCUUUGACUUCAUGGUGGAUGAAGAUUUGAAGGUUUGGCUGAUUGAAGUGAAUGGGGCCCCAGCCUGUGCACAGAAGCUGUAUGCUGAACUGUGUCAAGGUAUUGUGGAUUUAGCGAUCUCCAGUGUCUUUCCACUCGGCAACACUGAACAGCAGGAGACCCAGGACAAUAUAUUCAUCAAGCUUUGAAGAUUCUGCGUUAUCUACAUCCACAAGCACUGCUGUCCCAUAUUUAUUGGUAGAGAUUCAACUCGACGUUCUCACCCAGUAUCACGCCAAACGGAUGCAAUAGAGAACUUGUCUGGAAGAGGAUACAGUGAACUUGUUGGUAAAAUCUCCAGGAAGAGCUGAAGUAUCUGCACAGUACUGUACCUAGCUUCUAUGCUUUUGCAAGCCAAACUUUUUUUUUUUUUUUUACAACUUAUUUUUAACUUUCCAUUGAAUGAAGGAUGCAGAUUUAGUUUAAGCUUGAGUUUUUUUUAUGGAAGUAUAGAGCACCAAUACCCUCCUGUAUGUGAAUUUAGGGACUUUGUUUUCGUCUAUAAGAAGUAAAGACCACAAGAAAGUAUCAUUUGUGACUCCAGUCUUCACGUGGGGUUUAUGGAAUGGAAACUGUCUUGCAACAAUUUAGUGCCUUAGCUUCUCACUUUUUUUAUUUCUUGUCCUAGGUUUUAUUUUACUUUCUUUGGGUUGGAUAGGUGGGAGGCAUAUUUGGAUGAUGGUUCCUAUAGAACAGUCGCAUUGUGUCUUACAGUGUGUUUGAUUGAAUUGAAUGUAUUUUAUUUGUGUAUAUUUAUUUCAAUAACAAAUUGUCCAGGCCAGUUCCCUUAUUAAAGGGAAAUAUACCGUAUUGAUAAAUUGGUCUGAGUUACUUAUUUUUUAUUUACUUUUUGGGCACGUGUCAUUCAGCACCGAGAAUCCCAUUGCUUUCCCUAUUUAUACAAUUACUAUUAUGAGGGGCAGUGGCCAUACUGCUUCUCCUUGCUGCGCUAAAAUAAACUAUAUGUGCUGCAACAGUGCCCUCCGUAGCCAGUCUCAUGCAAAAUGCAGAGUAUUUCAUAGCUUUACAAAGUAGUAACUUUUCAAUAAACCACCUAUUACACAUG